AGUCACCGACGUUCGCCUGCAGCUUGUGCUCACCGUGUUGUUUUGCCGUGUGCUUGUGCGAAGCUCUGCGAUGUGACCACCGCGACAUCAUUGCAGUUGGAGUAAACUCAGAGGAUGUACUACGCAUUCGAGGAUUAUUCAUUGGACUGAGACAGCAUCGUCUAUCGCUUUGGUGACCGGCCCAAACACCAGGCGGGGCUGACGGUCACAAUGUCGUCGUCGGCGCAGACCGUGGACCAGGCGACGCUGGACAGCAUCGCCCGGAACCGGAACCGGCUUCUCCGGCUCGCCGACAACAUCAAGGUGCGCAAGAAGCCCGGCUCCAAGCGGGGCGCCGUCGACCUGCGAAUGGACCCCGGCUAUACGAACAUCGAGCACCUCGUGUUCGGCACAUACCGGCCACGAACUUCUAUGCCGAUGGCCGGCAACGCUGAACCGCCGUUGCCGCCACCAACGCAGCAGCCAAUGGCAGCACCUCCGGUGCACUUGCCCCCGGAGCCGACGGCCUCCGCGCUGCUGUCCACACCUCCGCCCACGCGCUGCGAGUGCAGCGCGCACAGCCCCCGGCGGCGCGUUACGCCCUUUGGUGAGCAGCAGGGAGCAGCGUCGGAUGACGCCUGCCCCGGCGCCGCGGACCAGCGAGCCAGCCGCACGGAACGGCCACCGGCGGCUGGUCAUGCGUGGCCGGGAUCGUCAACCGGAGGCGUACUACAGGACUCGCUAGCCGCCACGGUGGUGGGCGACGCCGCUCACACGCACGGCGACAUGUCGCGGGUGCUGCCGCAGCCGCAUGCCAGUGCUGGAUGCGUCGACGCCGACCGCAGAAACAACUCGAAAAGGGUCGCCCGGUCCGGCUCGUUGCAGACACGGACCACGACGUCGUACGGCAGGCAUGAGUUGGAAACGACCAAGCCGCUGCCUUCCUCGUCGCAGACGUCGCACCCACCUGGCAAAGUGGAGGAAGCCAAGAUCAUCCAGGUCGACCUGCACGCUGCGUCGAGACCCAAGCUUCGCGAGCCGCCCGUCGUCUACGCGCUUCAGCCCACGGGUGGUGACUUCGCCGCACGCGAACUGAGAGUGGUGAGUACGAGCGGCGCGUCGCAGCCAUCGGCGAUACCGAAGCCUAGGACUCGCAAGAUACCGGUCGGGAGCGGCGCCGUUAGCGAGCAGGAGGGAGUUCGCUCGCACGUUGUCGUCGACGCUCGAGCAAGGAGAGUGCCGCAGCAGCAGCAGCAGCCGAUCGUCAUAGCGCCUGCGGCGAGGCGUCAGCCGCCCCCGAGGUCGCACUCCAUAAAUGCGCGGGAUGUGCACGUUCAGCCGUCGUCGUCGAUGUUCAGAAAAGCAGCCUCAGUUUCGGAGAAAAUGCCCGUCAAACCUGUCACCAUACCUGUUAUUCGCAACUCGUCCAUUCAUCGGUGGUCGACGGGUCCGAAGGCUUCGCAAAUCACUCUACCCAGAACUAGAACCAAGGCGUCCGAGGAGCGCGCGAAGCCCGCAAAGAAUGGUGUCAAGUUUGCAGAACCUCUGCAGGAGUGCAGCAAUGGAGUGCCCUCUAGUGUUCGCGUGUCCACUGUGCUGCUCAACGGAACUAAGGGUUGCGACGGCAGAGUUACUUCCGGAGCGAACGGACCUGCUCGCGACUCUACCGCAAGUGCCGUUACCGUGGUGCCACCUCCGCCGCCUCCGUGCUGCAGGCCACCUUCCAAGAAUUCCAAGGAAGCCGCGCCGGAAAUCGUGCCAAAUCCGAGACAACCCGUGGUCUCCCGACGUCAGGUGCCCCCACCGCCUUGCCAGGGCACCAAUGUGAACGAAGACCGAGCAACGCUACUCAACGGUCCCACCUCCGCAAAGUCACCUUCCUCUACGUGCACGUUCUCUCCAAAGCCUGUGCCUCGCAAAGACGUGAGACCAGCGGACGUCCUCCCGCUUUCCCCGUGGCGAGGCGUCCAAGCGAGGUCUCCUCAGCCGCCGUCCAGCGACCCUGUGGUGGAUGCCCUCUUGUUGGCCAACACGUGUAUUUCGCCUCCCGGUAUGUUCAAGGACCGCGACAUCACCGACCAGACUGGUUGCAAAGUGCUACCACCGCCUCCGCAGCUCACGGAGUCCACCCUGUCCCGCUGGGUCGGCAACACAAGUCGCGAAUCCGCGAGACUUCUUAACGAGCUCGCCAUGUUCGCGGAGUCCAAGCUGCCGGGCCGGUUGACCAAUGAACCGCAGUCCAGGAGUGGGCUAGCGAUUGGUGCGGCUGAGACGUGGUUCGACAGCUUGCGAAAGGACACGUGUGAAGAACCCGUGGCGGCGGCGCUGCAGUCACCGGUGCGGGAAGUUCGCGACAGCACCUCGCACUUGCUGCCUUUGGCGUGUGGCGCCACCACAAGAACAGCGCCAGUGCAGAGUACCGCCUAUCCCGUAAGCCCUUCUGUCGGCAGAGCUUCCAAUGGCAAACUACUGGUCACCAUGCGGUCGCAUUCCACCGAGGACGCGGUUGAGGACGUCUCUGACGAUGUCCGCGCCUCGCCUCGAGUGCGAAAGUCGAACUCCGCCGAGGUCGCCGGAAUCAUGCGGCAUGUGACGCCCAGUGGAUCUCCCGCGGCGUACCGUUCCCCGAGACUGGUGAAUGGGGCGAGCUCCUCACCAUCCCACGCCCAGUUGUACGUUCACCAAGGUUCGCCUCAUCUGCAAGGACAGCAGCAUCAGCAGCAGCAACCACAGCAGCAUCACCUUCAACCCGUGGCUUUUUCUCCGACGCGGUCACCGUACCGCCGGAAGAGCACCGCCCAGCAGCCUGUGGCAAUAUCGUCGAAGGUGUGGAUGUCCGACAUCGAGGAGAGGGACGAGAACUCUUCGUCGAGUGCAGCCAGCAGGGCCACUGCCGGGCAACAAGAGGACCUGGACUGUACGCUUAUGCAGUCGUCCCAAUCUUCCUCGUCGUCCAGCAGCACCCUUUCUGAGAGCAACGCAGUGAGUGUCGUUGUGCGCCUAACCAGCUGGGACCAGAGGUCGUCCUCGGCACCUUCAUUGCCCACCACGGGACCGCAGUCACCCCCGAGGUCGGCCUCGCUUUCGACACAGAGUCCUCCGUUCGCCGUGAAUGGUAGUGUGACAAACGGUUCUCUCUGGAUGCCCAAGUCGUUCUCCGAGUGCAAUGGUUUGGGCUGCGACACACUGCAGCACCCUAAGGACUCAUGGGCCAAAGGCUUGAUACCCGCGGACGUACCCACUGAACCGAAAGGCUAUACAACCGGGACAUCCUCCGGUAUACAGGACCUGAGCGGGGCCAUACCCGAGAGCUGCGCUGCCACCGGCGACGUCAAUGCCCUCUCCGAGCGGAGGUCUCCGCCCCCACCUGUUGUUGGCCGCCGGGCAUCCACUGACGGCGGCUGCAGUCCCCCGACGUCCCCCUCGCGGACCGUGCCUCCGCAGCUGUCGUCCCAACAGGCGGCGCAGAGCGAUGCUGAGGUCGGCGUUGGAAGCCGCCGGAGCAGCCGCUGUUCCCUGCCGUCGCUGCCUUCUUCGGCUCCCCCAUCGGCGGCCAAGUGCGCGCUGCUCGGUCGUCCCGGCAAGUUGAUCCGCGACCGGCCCAUCUCUCGCUCCGAGCGCCAUCUGAAGGCGGCCAGCACGCCCGAGUUUCACAGCGGCAGCACCGAGGACGUCUGCUGCAGAAAUGUGCGCCGCCCUUGGUCCCAGCUGUACAGCGACGCCGAGGCCGAGCAGCUGUUUGCCGCGGUUGGCAGCUUGUCCAGCCUGCACGAGCCGCGGGGGGACCCUGCCUCGGAGGGCCACCAGGGGCUGCCGCCGCGCUACUCGUCCCUGCGGGCCUCCAGUCCGCGGCUCAUCGCCGACAGCGUGCUGCAGAAGUUCCGCAAGACGUUCUCGCUACGCUUCCAGCGGAACCGCAAGGGCUCCACGACUUCGCUGCCGGCGGUCUCCUCGGCGCCGUGCCCGGCUCCCGCCGCGUCACAGCUGUCCAAUGGCAGCGACGAUGACGGCGGCUGGCCGUGCGUCUCCGCUCCACGUACGAGGACGGACGAGGAAGAAGAGGAAGGCGGCUUCCGUCCGGGUCCCGCCAUCCUGCGGUGUUCGCGCGAGGAGCGCCGCCUGCACCGCAAGAACCGCGGAUCCAAGUGCAGCAGCGCCGAUAGUGGGAUCCAGCUGGAGGCCCCCGGCGCCACGGCCGCCGACCAGCAGCUGUCCGAGGCUGACUCCACAGACGACAGCAGCCAAGCCAGCAUCCAGAGGAAAGCCGAAAGCAUAUCGGCGGUGAUCACAAUAAAUGGCGUUACCUGCUCUGGCUGUCAGGGGUCCUACUCUAGUCUUUCACCACCUGAGGCCGAAGCAGAAUCCACGGUGUGUGACGACAAUCAGCCCCCGAGUUCCCCACAAUCCGGCUUCUCUGCACCAGCGCAAACGCGCAAGCCAACUUCUUUUGACAGGCAAUAUUCCACGCCACCACCAAUCAAGACAAGGAUUGAGCGAAGCCGCCCCACACUGCGCCGGCAAAAAAGUCGGGGUGCCCUGCGGAGGUCCAUCAGCCAGCCCCUGGACCUUGAAAAGUCUGAUAAAAAUGAUCUGGCACAGAAGGAGCAGCUUUCUCAUGGCUUGUCAGACCAAGAAGCCUCGAGGAACCCCAGCACGGCAUCUUCAGAAGAGGAUUUCUCAUCUGACGGAGAGUCAUAUUCCCAAAUUCCCAAGGAUUACGAAGGUGUCACAUAUGUCGAGGCACUUUGGGACCACGUGACCUUAGACUCAGAGGAGCUGGCCUUCCAAGCCGGCGAGGUGAUUGAAGUGACGGACAUGUCCGACAAGGACUGGUGGUGGGGAUCAGUUGACCAACGUCAUGGCUGGUUUCCAGCUGCUUUUGUUCGGUUACGAGUAGGCCAGGAGGACACUGUGGAGGAUUGCAUCACCAAGAUGGCAGAUGGCACGCUCACACAACACAAGCCUCGCAAAAUGAGCAUCGGCUUGUUGAGCAACGAGGAAGUGCGUGCCAAGGUUGUCAUGGAAAUAGUCAACACUGAAAGAGACUUUGUAAGGCACUUGAAGGAUGUUGUUCAGGGCUACCUGGCACAAGUUCGACGGAGGCCCGACAUGUUUUCUGAGGAGCGUCGUGCAACCAUUUUUGGGAACAUUGAGCAGCUAUAUGAAUUCCAGAACAGCUUCCUCAAGCACCUUGAGUCGUCCAUCGACUGGGAGCAGCCACAUCUAAGUCAGAUCGGACGUGUCUUUCUAGAGCAUAAGCAAGAAUUCAAGAUCUACUCGGAGUACUGCAACAACCACCCAUUGGCUGUCAGUGAACUCCAGGAACUCUAUGCUGACUCCAAAUAUGUUCAUUUCUUUGAGGCAUGCCGGCUGUUACAAGACAUGAUUGACAUCUCACUGGACGGAUUCCUACUGACGCCGGUGCAAAAGAUAUGCAAGUACCCACUGCAGCUGGCCGAACUGCUGAAGUACACCAGGCCGGAGCAUGCCGACUACCAUGCGGUGCGGGAAGCCCUGGCUGCAAUGAAGGGCGUCGCCCAAAUGGUCAAUGAACGCAAGCGUCGUAUGGAGUGCCUGGAAAAGCUUGCGGAGUGGCAAAGCAGCGUUUUCAACUGGGAGGGUCCUGACUUGUUGGACACCAGCUCCAUGUUGGUCCACUCGGGUGAAGCAGUUCGAGUGUCAUCCUUGUGGUCCAGGGAUGUGGUCAGCUUGUUUUUGUUUGACAACCUCUUGGUGUACUGCAAGAAGGACAUUAUAAAGAGAAAUACAUUGUCAUACAAGGGCAGACUGAACAUGAACUCCUGCUGUGUCGUGGACGUUGAGAAUGGCAAAGAUUCCCAGUUUGGCACUACUGUGAGAAAUGCCUGGAAGGUGUACUGCACCACGAGAGAAAAGUGGUACCUGUUCUUUACGAAGACCGCUGCUGAGAAGGAAAAGUGGCUACAGGCAUUCCAAGCCGAAAGGGAAAGGGUUCGCGAUGACAGAGAGCAAGGCUAUGUUGUGACUGAGAGUGCAAAGAAGUCUGCAAAGAUGGCGCUAAACAACAAGCUGAAGCCAAAACGUCCAAGAGCAAAACUUCCGAAAGGACCCAGGUCUCAGCAUCCCGACGUUGCAGUCGUGGAGAUCCUUCUCGACCCACCUGGCCCAAAGCCCCGCACUGGCAGCUUGCCGUCAACUCUGCACACCAGCCACCACACUGUUUCAGCUAAUGGCUUGCCAAAAAAGAAGGGCUCGGGGUGGUUUCAUUUUGGCAGCGGCAAGAAAGUGAAAAAGUAGAUGGCGCUUGAACCUUUACUAGAACGCUCUUAACGCUUUAUGAAUACAAAUCGAAUAUACCUAAAUAUAGAGUGAAAUACGUGGGUUUAGGUGCUGAUGUAGGUUAAUAUUUGCAAUUGUGCUCCAGAAGUGGAGAAUGAUUUGAAAAGUAUGCCUGAACAAGAACGGCAUUUCUCGACCAUAACUGACAAAAGUUUGUCGAACACCAUGGAAGUUGUAUCACUAGUAAACAUUUCUUGCAAUCUCGACCCCACUAAUUAAUGAUUGCUAACUGCACUGACAGGGUUCCACAUCUGGAACCUACUAGCUUGUUAUAUAUUUAUUGAGUUUUAUUUAUUAUUUUAUUUAUGACAGGUUACAGGCUCUACGCCCAAAUACUGAUUGGAAACACCAGACACGUUAUAAAGCUGCGUAUACGUAUAGUUCAAACAUACAUGCAACGGUCUUUGGCAAUUCACAGUAACACCGCUUUUAUAUGCAAUGUAAGGGCCGAUGUACCCCAGAAAUUCGGCACCCUUAAUAAUAAGUCUAGUUGUCUUAAAAAAGAAGUCAUUGAUGCAGUUCAGCUAUUACUAAGCUUCAAAUUUGUUUAUGAAAUUCUUACAACCAUGCAGAUACAAGGCUAUUAGUUUUUCGCAUGCACUUUCAGGUAUAUUAACGACUUGCUCAUGUUCUUAUCUCUUAUUUUAAGUUUGGUGUUAUUGGCUGUACAGUGCCAUAAAUCUGCUGGAAUCCACAUAUAUAUCAUGGCUAGUAGUUCUUUAGCAAUGCCAAAUGCUUGCACAUUAGAGCACUCGUUGAUUUCAAUUGAAUUGAUGUACAUCCGUGUUAAUGUUAGCUGAUCACUAUGCAUUGUGGAAAAGCUAUUCAAAAUUGUGAAAGAAUAAAAUAAAUAAAUGCAAAACCGAUGUAUUGAUUACUUUAACAAACAUGAAUUGGGGGUGGCAUUUUCUUCUCUGUGCUUGAAAGUAGUUUGGGUAUUUUAUUUUAUGGCAGUCUUUGUGAUAGGUGAACUACAGUGUUAAUUAUUGGCAUCAUUUCCAUAAUAACAUGUGCAAAGAGCCAACUAUUGAAAAUGCUUAUCAAGUCAGCCUACGUUUGAAACAAGCACAAGAAAUUAUUCGAUUAAUUUUAUCAUCGUAUUUAGCAAAUAAUGCUAAUGCUAAAUAAUGCUGACUUCAUGCUCAACCAAUAUUGAUGAUAUAUGCCUAAUGAGUCGGCACAUAGAAAAUAUUGUUUGCCCUCUACAUACCUAGGGUACAAGAAAUAAGUUUGGCGUUCGAAUUAUCAUUGCUUGUGACACUAAAUGAAAUGACACUUUAUAGCCAGCAAUGUUGUGGCACAUGUUGAACGUUCAGAAUUCAGCUUUGAGCACCUUGUGAUUUGUUAUGGAUGUUGCCUAUGUUGGUUACUAUUUAUCUGGCACCAAUUCCAUAUUCUUCUGCUUCGCAGGCAGUUUACUGUCAGUGAUACCUUCUUUUACUGGCAGACUGAACAAUGGGCAAUCUGUGUCUAAGUGGGAAAAAAAGCAUUGAGAUACGGAAAUGCUGAAAGAAACAGCAUUUGUUGAUUGUGCACCUAAUCACUGCAUGACUGCUUAACGUUGCUGCUUGCAUAAUCCACAUUCUUUACCGCAUCAUUGUGUUCACAGUGUGUGCUUGCUGAAUGUUGUUUGAUAUUCGAUUUGUAUUCAAAAUCUCCACGGUACUUACUGCUCACCCCUGCCAAAAGUGAUGCCCACUUUUCCUGUCAUGCCAUCUAUUAUGUGCACCAUUCCAUCCAGUGCUUGUGGUGCAUUGGACACCACUGCAACUUCUUAUUUAUAAUUGCUUUUCAUUCUUGUUUUCUAAAGAGGUCAGAGUGACUUGCACCUAUAUUGUUAUUUGCCCUUCUAAUUGCACGCUUUUGUGCUGUGGUUUAAGUCUGUGGCAUAUUUAUAUUACGAUCAAACUAUGCAGAUCUGUUCGGCCAGUGACCACAGUGUCUUCAUGAAUAAGAAGAAAGAUCACUGGUCGCAGUGUCCUAACCUUGCAGACACUCUGCGUUCUGCCGUAAAUGCGAGUGUUGUAUAUUUAUGGCAACUUUUGCGAUAAUCAUUUUCAACAGUUCAAUCCUGCCAAUCUGGGUAUUGCGAGUGAACUGCAGGAAGUGUGACUUGGCAGCGGCCCGUCUGCCUCGCAGAUUGCUGUCACCUUGUUGCUCGGCGACAACUUGAAAAGGACCUCAAAAAUGUAGAGAUUUGCGCGAUUGGAGUAAUGGUGAUGUAAAAAAAUGCCUGCUUACACAGGAUUAAUUGUAAUAGUCGGAGGACUCGUAUUAGUCAAGCUGCUGCCCCCUUUGGCAGCGUUCCGCGCAGCUUUGCUCGAUCAGUCGUUGCCGUAGAUCUUUACCGCCUGUCUGCCGUGCCCUCUGCGCUGUUCAAUCGCAGGUAUAUGACCUUGUAUACUUUGCCACGAUUGUCGCUUGGGAGGCAGUAACCCCAUCGCAGCUUUGGUGCAUAUGUAUACCAAGACUAACAAGUGUUCACUUCUUCGCGCACACAUUUUUUGAGACAUUAUGAAUGCUCUUUAUUAAACGGUGCUGCUGCUCACAUUGCUCUUAUCUGAUCUGUCAAUCUUGCUGUUUGUUGUGUGCAUCGUGUUGGAAAAACACAACACGGUGCACACCCUUUCGAAAAUUGAGGUGUGUUGCAAGGCAGUGCUUGGCAUUUCACCCCUCUGGUGUGUUUUAUUGCUUGCUUUGCACUGACUUGCCUUGCGAGCACUCUAUGCAUUGGCCUGCGUUGUGUGAAAGUGCUAGCAGAAAUUUAGCUCCCUAGAAUGAAUGAACUGUGUGUAUGACCGUAUUCACGGACUCUCGUGCUAAUAGUGAUAGUUUGUUAUGCAUGCCCCAGCUGUCAUGCCCAUUUUCCCCAGUUUAUCUUGCAUAGUGGCUCCUUCUCGUUGUUUAUUGAUUUUUAUGUACAUAACAGCUGGUGUGGCAAAUCUUGAACGAUCUUGUAUAACGGCCUAGUCUAGAUGAAACAGCCAAGACAAAUGCAUCUUGUUUAUUACGUAAAAAAUGUGAACAUACACACUCUCAGGCUUCUUAUUUGUUUCAUACUGAUCGCAGAUGUAUUGCAGAAAUAGAAAGGCAUUGUUGUCGCUGGUGUAGUGAAAGUCUGAGACGUUUUUAUGUACAGGUUACAACUCGCGGACGGGUUUUCACACACUGUGUUGUUGUCACAUCCAGAUGUUGUCUAUAGGUGGUUGUAAAGAGUUUUUCCCGCCAUAUAUGUAUAUGUCAUGUUACCUUAUCGAGACAAUGACUUUCGUGGCAUCGUGGUGGGAUGAAGCACUUGCCCAUCCUAUUUUUUUUUAAGGAGCGUUGCCAAUUUAGACCAAUCUCAUGGAAUGUUAACAGUGGGUCUGCACCUGUUCAGAUGUGUUCUUACUUUCUCCGAAUGGCACAAUCUCUCAUGUGUAUAAUGUCUUCCAGCGAUGGGCACAUGGGGUAGCCCCAGAACAGCUAGUCUACGGCAGGAGGGGGAACGGGACAUUGGGGUGCCUGAGUCACGACACAGCGCAGAUGUCCCUCCAUUCUGUCAGACUCUGUGUGUGUGUGCGUGUGUGUAUAAUUUGAGCCUUUUGUAAAAUAUGUCUGCCUGUAUAUUUUAAAUGUGUACAUACUUUUAUAUGUUUCCACCAUCUUUAGAAUGUUGCAGAGUGUUUAUGCAUGAAAUAAAUAUAUGUUUACAUUUAUG